AUGUUUAUUUCUACUUCAUACUUUUGUUUCAUUUCAGUCCCACUACGUGCAAGUUCUAUUGAUAUUCAUCCGAAUGCAAAAUGGUCACAGAAUGGUAUCACUGUUGCUGGAGGAAAUGGAUCGGGCAGUGAAACCAAUCAACUCUCUCUUCCAUGGGGUUUGUACGUCCAUGAGGAUCAAACGAUUUAUAUCGCUGAUUAUGGUAAUCACCGUAUUGUGGAAUGGAAAUCUGGUGCAACGAAUGGAAAAGUAGUUGCUGGUGGAAAUGGAGCGGAAAAUGGAGCUCAUCAAUUAAAUAGCCCAUUUGAUGUGAUUAUCGACAAAGAGAAAGAUAGUCUCAUCAUCAGCGAUAGAAGGAAUAACAGAGUAGUUCGAUGGCCUCGUCGAAAUGGUACUAGUGGAGAAACAAUUAUUUCAAAUAUCGCUUGCAUCGGUUUGACAAUGGAUGACAAUGGUUAUCUCUAUGUCGUUGACUAUGAAAAACAUGCAGUGAAACGAUAUAAAAUUGGUGAUACUCAAGGAACAGUGGUUGCAGGUGGCAAUGGGCAAGGGAAUCGUCUCGAUCAACUCUUUUACCCCUACUACGUUUUUGUCGAUCGAGAACAUUCAAUAUAUGUGACUGAUUGGGGAAAUAAUCGUGUCAUGAAAUGGGAAGAAGGUGCAAAACAAGGCAUUGUCGUAGCCGGUGGUCAAGGAGAAGGAAAUCGUCUUACACAAUUGAAUGAACCUGAAGGAGUCGUUGUCGAUCAAUUGGGUACUGUCUAUGUGGUUGACCGAGGGAAUCAUCGAAUCAUGCGUUGGCCAAAAGGUGCCACACAAGGAAGUGUCAUUGUUGGUGGAAACGGUCGAGGAGCACAGUCGAAUCAACUCGCUAUUCCCAUAGGUUUAUCAUUCGAUCGACAUGGUAAUCUCUAUGUCGUCGAUCACUACAAUGAUCGAGUACAAAAAUUUGAAAUCGCAUAA